AUGUCACCUUGCAACGCGGUUGUUGCAGCGUCUCGAAACAUAUGGUCAGCGGGUGACCACGGAGACAACUUCCCGCUCAAUAUUAAUGUCCUGGAAGAAGACGCCUGCCCUGUCGUUUCUGGAUAUGAUGAAGAUGGAAAUGGCAUCUCAUAUCUUAUUAUUGUCACUAAGCUAUUUACUGCCUUGUCUGGAGAGUGCCGUCUGUUUCUCGCUUCGCUUCUCGAUAUCACAGAUUUCCUGCAUGCAGUUACUUUCGAAGAUCUAGAAAUGAGGAAAUAUGCGAAGGUAUACAAUGCUGAGGACGAAGAUUCGUCGAGUAUUAUUUCACAAAUCAACCUCAGCACGACAAAUCAGGCUGAUACUACAUUGCAGCCUACGGAUAAAGGCCACGCUAAAGAGAUGCGUCCCAUGCUAAAGGAGCCCGGGAGAGAGACUGCACGAUCAGUUCCUAGUCCUAUGGGCAUGGGACCCUCUCAGACGACGGAACAACUGCUUUCCGAAUUCAGCGCCGAACUCCUCUAUCUUUACAAGGAUACUUUUAUUCUAGCAAGAUCGCCCUUGGACAAUAAACUCUACAAAAUAUCUCACGUCUCUCGCUCGUUGCUCGCGGAUGGCGAAUAUAUCCGCAGCCAUCUGAAACACACGCCAGCCGAUAAAAUGCAAUUGCUUAGCAAAUGUUUGGGGCAAAAUGACCAGUUUGAUAUGGUUAUUAAUUGGGGGGAUUCUGGGACAGAGAAACGGCUCUAUUGUGCCCCAAUUUACUGCCAUACUUCACGGGACUGGGUUUGUACGUUGACAGACAUCGAAGCUCCUUAUCUUUGGCGUCGAAAUAAGACCUAG